UGAAAAGUUGUGAGAAGAGCAGGAGGAAGCGGGGAGAGAGGAGUUGGGGCUGUGCCGGAGGCCAAGGACUGAGAGGUCUCAGGUCACCCCUGGAAGACCCCGUGGCUGGAAAGGAGCCGAACGUCUGCGUCAAAGGAGGGACCCGCUCGGAAGUUCGCUCCUACCUGAGCCGGGAGCUCAAUCUGCGGGUCCGCAGCCCUUCUCCUGCGUGGUGACUCUGGUGGCCGCGUCUGCGCCCUAGCCAGGAGGAUCCGGAUGGCCGUGAGGUGGACCUGGGCAGGCAAAAGCUGUCUGUUGCUGGCGCUUUUAACAGUGGCCUAUAUCCUGGUGGAACUCUCGGUCUCUACUUUCCAUGCCUCCCCAGCAGCCGACCUUUCCAGGGAGCGGGGGCCAAAACAGCUUUCAGACCCCUGGGAAAAGGCUGAGGAUUUGUCUCGACCGCUCUAUAAGAAGCCCCCUGCAGACUCGCAUGCACUUGGGGAGUGGGGGAAAGCCAGCAAACUCCAGCUCAGCGAGGGUGAAUUGAAGCAGCAAGAAGAACUUAUUGAGAGAUAUGCCAUUAAUAUUUAUCUCAGUGACAGGAUUUCCCUGCAUCGCCACAUAGAGGAUAAAAGAAUGUAUGAGUGUAAAUCCAGGAAGUUUGAUUAUAGGAGACUUCCCACCACCUCUGUUAUCAUUGCUUUCUAUAAUGAAGCCUGGUCGACUUUGCUCCGCACCAUCCACAGUGUUUUAGAAACUUCUCCUGCGGUCCUUUUGAAGGAGAUCAUCUUAGUGGAUGACUUGAGUGACAGAGUUUAUUUGAAGACACAGCUUGAAACUUACAUCAGCAAUCUUGAUAGAGUCCGCUUGAUUAGAACAAAUAAGCGGGAGGGGCUGGUUAGAGCCCGCCUGAUUGGGGCCACGUUUGCCACUGGGGAUGUCCUCACUUUCCUGGAUUGUCACUGUGAGUGUAAUUCUGGUUGGUUAGAACCACUUUUGGAAAGAAUUAGUAAAGAUGAGACGACAGUUGUUUGUCCUGUUAUAGACACCAUUGAUUGGAAUACUUUUGAAUUCUAUAUGCAGACUGGGGAGCCCAUGAUUGGUGGAUUUGACUGGCGCUUAACUUUCCAGUGGCAUUCUGUCCCCAAACAUGAAAGGGACAGACGGAAAUCGAGAAUUGACCCGAUCAGAUCACCUACCAUGGCUGGAGGACUGUUUGCUGUCAGCAAGAAAUAUUUUCAGUACCUUGGAACAUACGACACUGGAAUGGAAGUGUGGGGAGGUGAAAACCUUGAGCUGUCUUUUAGGGUGUGGCAGUGUGGAGGUAAAUUGGAGAUCCACCCGUGUUCCCAUGUGGGCCAUGUAUUCCCCAAGCGGGCGCCAUAUGCUCGGCCCAAUUUCCUACAGAAUACUGCUCGGGCAGCGGAAGUGUGGAUGGACGAGUACAAAGAACAUUUCUACAAUCGAAACCCUCCAGCAAGGAAAGAAGCUUAUGGUGAUAUUUCUGAAAGAAAAUUACUACGAGAACGGCUGAAGUGCCAGAGUUUUGACUGGUAUUUGAAAAACGUGUUUUCUAAUUUACACGUUCCAGAGGAUAGGCCAGGCUGGCAUGGAGCUGUUCGCAGUAUGGGAAUCUCUUCUGAAUGUUUAGAUUAUAAUUCUCCUGACAACAAUCCCACAGGUGCUAACCUUUCCCUGUUUGGAUGCCAUGGUCAAGGAGGCAAUCAAUUCUUUGAAUAUACUUCAAACAAAGAAAUAAGGUUUAACUCUGUGACAGAGUUAUGUGCAGAGGUUCCUGAGCAAAAAAAAUAUGUAGGAAUGCAAAAUUGUCCAAAAGAUGGGUUCCCUAUCCCAGCAAACAUUAUUUGGCAUUUUAAAGAAGAUGGAACCAUUUUUCAUCCACACUCGGGGCUGUGUCUUAGUGCUUUUCGGACACCUGAGGGUCGGCCUGAUGUUCAGAUGAGAACUUGUGACGCUCUAGAUAAAAAUCAAAUCUGGAAGUUUGAGAAAUAGAAGAGCACAACAGCACUUUCUUCCUGAGCUGACAAGA